ACUUAAACGAUAUAAGCGUAAGGUGAACGCUUUUCACACUACAUUUCCCAAAUCGGUGUUCGUCUGAUUCCUUCAAAUAGCUGGUUUAUAACGAAGUUGUUUUGCUCCAUCCACUAUUGAAGAUCCGCAGACUGUCAAGAGGAACGAACAGAUUUAGAGACUUUGACAGAUGUUGGUUAAAGAAGAUGAAAGGACAUGAUUUGGGAAAGGACUGUCUGGCAUCGGGCUCUGCAUACAGAGCUGUACCAUCCAGAGAGACCUUACCCGGCAAUGACGACAACCAUUACCAGCUGUCUAAAGUCCAGGAUGCUUUUGAAACGGCAGCGAGAGCUGAGGGAGGCCUCUCAUUGGAGGGAAGCAGCGAUGCUCACCCGAAAGAGUUGGAGGACGAGGUUGGGCGAAGCAAAUACCACCACAGCGUCAGCGUACUCAAGCCCUUCCGCUCAACCAGCAAGCAUCAGCAUCCAGUGGACAAUGCUGGCCUGUUCUCUUUUAUGACAUUUAAUUGGUUGACCUCGCUGGCUGUGCUGGCACAUAAGAAGGGUCAGCUGUUUCUAGACGAUAUAUGGCCCGUGUCACAGUUCGAGAGCUGUGAAACCAAUCAUCGCCGGCUGGCGGGGUUGUGGGAGGAAGAAGCCCGGUCACGAGGCGACGGGGCAUCCCUCCAUCGUGUGGUGUGGGUCUUCUGCCGCACACGUCUCAUGCUGUCCAUCCUCUGCCUUAUGGUGACUCAACUCGCCGGCUUCAGUGGCCCAGCUUUUGUGGUGAAGCGGUUACUGGAGUAUACCCAGAUGAGCGAACCUGACCUGCCCUACGGCCUGCUGCUGGUUUUGGGCCUCUUGGCCACCGAGCUGAUUCGUUCCUGGUCCCUCGCCCUCACCUGGGCGCUCAACUACCGGACCGGCACGCGUCUGCGUGGAGCCAUCCUCACCAUGACCUUCCACAAGAUAUUGCGUCUGCGCAGCCUGCGUGAGAAGACCGUAGGAGAGCUGAUCAAUAUGUGUUCGAGUGACGGGCAGCGUAUGUUUGAAGCUGCUGCCGUGGGAAGCAUGCUGGCCGGAGGACCCCUGGUGGCCGUGCUGGGAAUGGCGUAUAACUUAUACGUAUUGGGGCCGACUUCCCUGUUCGGCUCGGCUGUGUUCAUCCUCUUCUAUCCCACUAUGAUGUUCAGUUCCAGGCUUACGGUGUACUUCAGGAGGAAAGGAGUGGCUGUGACUGACCAGCGUGUACAAAAGAUGAAUGAGAUACUCAACUAUAUCAAGUUCAUUAAGAUGUACGCCUGGGUUAAGGCGUUCUCGCAAGCAAUACGAAGAAUACGAGAGGAGGAGCGAAGGAUCUUGGAGCGAACUGGAUAUUUCCAGAGCAUAACGGUUGGUGUGGCGCCCAUCGUUGUGGUGAUCGCCAGCGUGGCGACAUUCUCCAGUCACAUGUUGCUCGGUUAUGACCUUACUGCUGCACAGGCAUUCACAGUUGUGACUGUUUACAAUGCCAUGACCUUUGCUCUGAAGGUUACCCCGUUUUCAGUCAAAUCUCUAUCUGAGGCAUCUGUUGCCAUUGAUAGGUUCAAGAGUUUGUUUCUGAUGGCUGAGGUCAAGAUGAUCCGUGAGCUGCCCCGAAAUCCAACCGUCGCCAUAGAGAUGACCAGUGCCAGUCUGGCUUGGGAGACGGGGGGUCACAGCGCCCAGCCUACCCCCCGCGGUACACCCUAUGUAGGCCUGGGAUUGAAAGGGAGUCGCAAGAAGCGCCGUCAAUGCGAUGACCCUGGACAUCAUAAGAUCUUGGAAGAGGAACAGCAUGGCCAUCUGUUGAAUGAUGUGUCUUCAGACAUGGCUGCCAGCCCCGAUGAUAACAACCUGCAAGUGCCAACCAUCAGUCAGCGGCUCCAGAGAACUCUUCACUGCAUCGAUCUCACGAUACAAAAGGGAAAGUUGGUUGGAGUCUGUGGCAGUGUUGGAACUGGCAAAACAUCUCUCAUCUCUGCCAUUCUCGGCCAGAUGACACUUUUAGAGGGGACCAUUGCCGUCGAUGGAGAUUUCGCGUACGUGGCACAGCAGGCCUGGAUCCUUAACGCGUCAUUUCGUGAUAACAUCCUGUUUGGCAAGGAAAUGGAGGAAGAGAGAUAUCAGGCUAUUUUAAGUGCUUGCUGCCUGAGACCAGACCUGGCUAUUCUACCCAAUGGUGACCUGACUGAGAUUGGAGAACGCGGUGCCAAUCUCAGCGGUGGGCAGCGCCAGCGGAUCAGCCUGGCAAGAGCCUUGUACAGCAACAGGGACAUUUUCAUCCUCGACGACCCUCUUAGUGCUCUGGACGCUCAUGUCGGAAACCACAUCUUCAACAAUGCCAUUAGGAAGCAGCUCCGCGGCAAGACCGUCAUCUUCGUCACUCACCAGCUUCAGUAUCUGGUGGAUUGUGAUGAUGUGAUCCUCAUGCGUGAUGGCAGCAUCACAGAGCAGGGCAGUCACGAGGAUCUGAUGAAUCUGAAUGGAGACUACGCCGCCAUGUUCAAUGCCCUUCAACUAGGAGAAACACACAUGGCUGAGGUGCCGAAUAAGAAGGCUGGAAGUUCCCUGAAGAAACCAUUGGAGAAAAAGAAGGCAGGCUCUGUCAAAAAGGAAAAAGCACUGGAUGAAGAUAAUGGUCAGUUGAUGCAGGUGGAGGAGCGAAGGAAAGGCUCUGUGCCCUGGUCCGUGUACAAAGUAUACAUCCAGGCUUUAGGAGGCCUGCCUGUCUUCCUCUUCAUCCUGUCACUUUUCGUUCUCAAUGUGGGCAGCACUGCCUUCAGCAACUGGUGGCUCAGCUAUUGGAUCAAACAGGGCAGCGGGAAUACAACGGUACAAGUUGGGAACUGUUCAAUGCUAAGUGAGAGUAUGCGAGAUAAUCCUCAGAUGCAGCAUUACGCCGCCGUCUACGCCAUGUCUAUGGGUAUCAUGCUACUUCUCAAACUACUGAGAGGCAUCGUGUUUGUUAAGGGUACUCUGCGCGCCUCCUCGAAGCUCCAUGAAGAUCUCUUCCAGAAGAUUCUUCGCAGUCCCAUGAAGUUUUUCGACACAACGCCCACUGCCCGCAUCCUCAACAGAUUCAAUAAAGACAUGGAUGAAGUGGAUACACGUCUGCCGUUUCAAGCCGAGAUGUUCAUUCAGAACGUGAUUCUGGUCCUCUUCUGUCUGGGCGUGAUCAGCAGCGUGUUCCCCUGGUUCCUGAUGGCGGUAGGGCCACUGGUCCUCUUCUUUACCGUACUGCACGUCGUUUCGCGGGUCUUCAUUAGGGAACUCAAACGAUUGGACAACGUCACGCAGUCGCCUUUCCUGUCCCACAUCCAUUCCAGCAUUCAGGGCCUGACCACUGUGCACGCUUACGGGAAAGAGGAGGAAUUCCUGCAGAGAUAUCAGGAGCUGCUGGAUCAGAAUCAGGCUCCAUUUUAUCUGUUCAGCUGUGCCAUGCGAUGGUUGGCCGUACGUUUGGAUGUGAUCAGUGUAGCUCUCACCAUCAUCACGGCUUUGUUGAUCGUGGUCAUGCACGGUCAGAUUUCUCCCGCGUACGCUGGCCUGGCCAUUUCCUAUGCUGUACAGCUCACAGGUUUAUUCCAGUUUACCGUUCGCUUGGCCUCCGAGACCGAGGCUCGAUUCACCUCAGUGGAACGAAUUCAUCAUUACAUCAAGUCUCUGUCCCUAGAGGCUCCUGCGCGGGUUAAAAACAAGGCUCCUCCAUCCGACUGGCCUCAGGAGGGUGAGAUCGUGUUUGACGGCACAGAGAUGCGAUACAGAGACAACCUACCGCUGGUACUGAAGAAAAUUUCUUGUACCAUUCGACCGAAAGAAAAGGUCGGCAUUGUGGGACGAACAGGCUCGGGGAAGUCUUCUCUAGGAGUUGUCCUCUACCGGUUGGUCGAGCCUUGCGGUGGCUCCAUUAAGAUUGAUGGUGUCAACAUCUGUGACAUUGGCCUUGCAGAUUUGCGCCACAAGCUGUCAAUCAUUCCACAGGAGCCAGUGCUGUUCAGUGGUACUGUCAGAUCCAACCUGGAUCCAUUUAACCAGUAUUCCGAGGAGUUAAUCUGGGAUGCCCUGGAGAGGACACACAUGAAAGAAUGUGUGUCUCAGCUGCCCUUAAAACUGGAGUCUGAGGUGGUGGAGAAUGGUGAGAACUUCUCUGUGGGUGAGAGACAGCUCAUUUGUGUGGCCAGAGUUCUUCUGAGACAAUGCAAGAUCCUGAUCCUGGAUGAGGCCACGGCGGCUAUGGACACAGAAACGGAUUGCUUGAUUCAGGAGACGAUUCGUAACGCGUUCCAGGACUGUACCACUUUGACUAUUGCACAUAGAGUGCACACAGUACUGAACUGUGACCGUAUUAUGGUGCUGAAUCAGGGCCAGGUGGUGGAGUUCGACGAGCCAUCCAAGCUUCUGGCCAACGAAAACUCUCGCUUCUGUGCAAUGCUGGCAGCGGUGGAGAACAAAAUCUCAGUAAGAGGCUAAAGGAUGUCCUAGCCAAGGACCGAAGGGAACAUUCUCCAUUUAUAUUCCAGUCAUUGCUGCUUAAUGUUACUCCCUCCUUCAGACCUGCAGGGACCUGGGAGGGAGGUUAUUGUAUUUCCAUGAAACUCAUGGGCUGUCAUUAGGGGCAUGCCUGUUAAGAUGUACUACUUGUGAGCUUUAGGUGAAGAAACACUGAUGCUGUAAUGCUAUUUACGUGAUGGAGGGGUGAAACAGUUUUCAUGUAGUUCCAUCCAUGCGAACUGUGGUGUUUCACAGAGUAUUUACCUCUGUUUAUAUGAGUAUAUAUAAAUUUACAAGGUGGUCGCAGAGUCCUUUUGUAGCGAUUCUGCCGAGUAUGUACAGUAUGUCGUGUAUAUACAUUCAGAUGUAUCAUCUUUCCUUACCGUUUAAUAUUUUUGACAACUUGACUGUCUUCAGUACGUGUAACUGUUGUUUCGUGACUUGAACCCUGAACUCUGGCACAGGUGAUGUUGUACAAGCACUGAACAGGUGGGACUUUUUCAGAAAAACAGUGCUGCUUUUUGUACUGUAUCCUUGUUCAGCACACCAAGGAUUCAGUCUUAUAUAGCUAAGAGGCCUUGUAUAUUUAUAACCUAUUUUCACUGUUAACAUUUCAAGUUUAUUUCCUCUUAUGUGGUCUGUUUUAUGUGUGAAUGCAUUUCACUUUUUUGGCACUUUGCAUCCACCGAGGAGUUCCUCAGAUGGUUGAAGGUCUGGUUUUUAUUUGGGCCCUUAACGGGCCGGAUACGCUUGAGCGGGCCUUUUGUUUUUGUGUUCCAUUGUCUGUCGCAGCACUGGUACAAAGAGAUCACGCUACAUGAUGGGACUCCUGGAUCAGGUUGUGAUGGUUAUUUGCGGUCUGCAUGAAGGGAAAUCUGAUUUUGUGUCCUCCUCAUGAGACCCUGCAAAAUGUCUGUUUGUUUUUUCAUUUAUUUUCCAUAGCCUUAGCAUGAUUUCUUACUUGCCUUGUGAAAAGGGUGGAAUGAGAGGAGAGAGCGUACUCUCCACAGUCUCAAUAAAUUUAUUUUAGGUUUAA